GGAGCAUCUCUCUCCCCGAACCAAUCAGUAGGCUUCGAAGGUGCCGCUCCUUCCGUGUCCCACCCACCCCCGACUACCGGAUGUGUGAUGUGGCUCGAGGUGCUGCGUAACUAUGUCUGCGAUCUUCAAUUUUCAGAGCCUACUGACAGUAUUCCUGCUGCUUAUAUGUACCUGUGCAUACAUAAGAUCCUUGGCUCCCAGAUUACUGGAUAACAAUCAAACUGGAUUAUUGGGCAUAUUCUGGAAGUGUGCCAGGAUUGGUGAGCGGAAGAGCCCCUACGUAGCUGUGUGCUGUAUAGCGAUGGCCUUCAGUAUUCUGUUUGUACAGUAAAAAUAGGAAAAUGUCCGGAAUGUAUUGCUGUCAAACUGCAGUGGAAUAAAAGACUCGGGGAAACAAAAGAUGAAAAAUAUGUUCUACACUUCUUUGUUCAUACUGGACAAGACAAGCUUUUGACAAUUUGUUUCCAUAUUUGAAUUAGGAGAGCAUUUAUUAAUUAACAUUGUCAUACUUUUGAAUUCUGCAGAGUUCUUUUAUGUGAACAGUAUUCUGAAUUUCAGAUGAGAUAUUUUAAGACAGACAAGUAAAAAACCCUGUAAUACUUUUCUGAGAACUGAUUUGCUAUUAAAAUACACAUUCUUUUAAAAAACUAUUUAUUUAUAUUUUUGUAAUAAGUUUUCAUUAAAAAAAUAUAAAAUGAGAGGUUGAGAUCCCAUGUCACAUUAGCAGACAUGAUGGGACUUCCCCUUCCCUGGCAGGGGAGAUACCAUGAUCAUGAAGGUGGUUUUCCCAGGAUCAGGAUCAUCCAUUGCACUCGGGGUGUGGUGAUUCCUGCGAUUUCCCCCAAAUACGGGAAACUCAAUUUCCCUUCCCCUCGCAGCCCCCACUGCCCUUCCCAGUCUUCUCCAGAGGAUCCUUAUGACGCUGCAGAGAAAGAAAAAAGGAAAAUCCUGUUUGCAUGAGCAGAAGUCAGUAGUGCACAAUUGGAUAUCACCCCAAAACAAUAAAAAUAAAAUCUUGAAAGGAUAUGCAGCAAUAACAUAAAAUCAGAUCGCUAUUGUACUAUUGUCAAUAAAACUGAUGUUCUAAGUAUAAGACACAGAGACUGAGACACAAGGCACAUAAGCAAAAAUUCAAAACGUAGAAGCUUUCGCAUUGGAAACACUUAAGUAAUUUCUAAUGAAUUUUUAUAUAUGCUGCAGGUUGAGAACAUAGCAUAAUUAGUUAUUAAAAUAUCUGGAAAAUAGAAUGUUUUACAGAGAAUGGAUCUGUUCAACAUAACUUCAUUAGGCAAAUGUUUGUAUUAAAGUCUACACAAUCAAAUAUUUUUGGUUUACUCUUGAUUUUUUAAAUAAAAAAAAUAUAAUAUGCUGUGCAUUGAUGAUAUCUGCAGGCAGUUAAACUCUGGAACUUGCCAAAAUUCAUGAGAAAUAUAUUUGUUUCAUAUUACAAAAUAAACAGCUAGAUUUUUCCAGACGUGUUCUUGAAAUCUGGCUUUUAUAUUGUCAGUAGUUGUCUGACAGGAUACUCAGUACAUCUCAUGCAAAAGUAUGAAAAAACUAUUGAUAAUACUGGUAUAAUAUACUGAAAUUAAUUCUUUAAUGUGGUCAUGCUAUUUCUGGUUAGCUGGCAGCAUAGUGCUACUGUUUUUAAAGAAACGCAACUCUCUGGAUUUGGGGCUUGUUUAACAAGUAGUACAAAUAUCUUUGGACCGUCAGAUAUAUUUUUGUACAUUAUAGCCUUUUACUGACAACUAUCUUUAGGAGAAGCUACGUUAUGUGUUUCAAAAUUACUUUAUGAAUAACAGAACAAUCAAGCCUAGAAUCAAAGAAAGGUCAUUGUUGAGCAAUGACUGCUAAACUCUGAUGUAGAAAAUAGUGUAUAUUUUGAAGAAUAUUUAGCAGGUGGUAGUUUUCACACAAUUAAGAUGUAAAUUUAUGCAUGAAACCGAGGGGCGAUGUCAUCAGCCAAUGGAUUCAUAUUCUUUGAAAGCAGUGUGGCAUGGCGUAAUCUUACAUGUAGCAUUUGAAGAACAAGAAUGCAUGGGACUCGCAAUAUGCGUAUCAGUUUGUGGUGUGUGACGGUCCUGAAGACCUCAUCAUAAGGAGCCAGCCAUAACUCGUUCAGAACACUGUGUGUAUACACCAUUUCAAUUUUAUUACUGGUAAAAAUGUAUGCUUUUCUGAUCAUAUGUAUCUGUCCAAAGUGUUUAAAACCUGUUUCCUGGCAGUGCUUUUAAGAGAGUGGCAGUUCCAUAACUAUAAUCAAGCUUCCAAAUACAAAUCUGAUAAAUAAAAUUUGUUAUUGUUGCAAAAUUUUAUUGCACAAAUUGACACAAAAUUUAUGUUGAAACUGUUUUCCUCUUUUAAAGCAAUAAUGGGAUGUAGAAAUAGCAUUCAGAAAGUUCCUGGCUUUUCAAUGGUUUUAAAACCUAUUAAUAUGCAUUAAUUUUGAUGUCCUACCUUGUCUCAAACUAUAUUCUGCUAAAUGGUUCACAAUAUCCACUGUCUAUAAAUGGUUGUUACUAAGAAUCAAAAGAAACCACUGCAUUAUGUGUGGGUUUUUUAAAAAAAAAAUUAAAGCAGAAGUUUCUGUUUAUCAAA